AACAGAAGAAGAAGAAAAAAAAAAGUCUGAACACUGAAUUAGGGGGUUUCAGUGCUUUCAAACGGGGGAUGUCUAUCGCUGUUUCAAUCUCUAAUGAAAAGACUUCUGGACCUCAGGAACAAAGUGUUAAGUAAAUGCACUGAAGUGCCCUCAUGCAUUAUACAUAUUAAAUGAACUCUGCCAAGCCAAACCUCUUAGCCACAAUGAAGAAGAGUACAGAGGUGGCUGAGAGACACAUUUAAGGUACUGUAUGUGAUAAAGGAUUGAUUGAUAUCCAAAAAUAUAUAUAUGGGACCGAAAUGUGACUGUGCGGCAACUGCACAGUGUCACUUUUGGGUUUUAAAAGAGUCGGCUUAAGUGAAAAAGAUCUUCACAGAAAGAGACUAUUCAUCCCUCAGGACAGAUCUUCACCAGUAGAAACCAUUUCUAUAGGAUCUGACCCGUAAAAAAAUAUUUAUAAUGUUGUUAGGUUGAUUUAGUCAUAUUAAUAAUAGUUUUUAAGGUUACAAAACAUGUUUUGAAGAAUAGAAGUCACUUUUAAGUAACAAUGCUUUGAAGAAGAUAAACCUAGCCUUAUAUAAAGACAUUUCAUUUUAAUGGCAGUUUUAUAGAUUAGCCUACUUUCCAUGUAUUUCCACCAUUUAAAUUUGUGUGUUUUCUUUCAGGGACUUUGGAGAGAACGUUAUUUUAAUUAAGGUGACACACACAUCUAACUCUCUUGUAGUGAAAGUCAAGUUUUUUUAAAUUAUGUUUUCUCUCAUAAUUUAAAAUAAUUACCAGUCUGUUUUUGUUGACCUAAUGCAUAUUUUUCACAGCAAUAGCAACUAAGGCCCUAGUAUUUUGAUAGAUAUCGAUCUUAGACUGUAAUUUUUUUGUAUGUAGGUUUUAUAAUUCAGAGAUUAUUUUUUUCAACAAAUCCAAUGUUAUUUAAUGCUACAAAAGGUGUUUGAUAACUACAUAGAAAGGCAAUUAUGGUAAUCGUUCCUGGGUGGUCAUCAAUCAUGUGCAAUCGAGCUGUCUGUGCACUGAGUCAGAUGUGUGAUUGGCUGCUGGCGGGCAGGGAAACUGAACACGUCCUCAUUAAUGUGAGCGAGACCCCGCGGGCUCCUCACGGGGACACAAGCGCAUCGUUUGACUCUCAAGUUAUACAGCGGCUAUAAAGUGUUCCGCUAUGUGAACAACAACUUUUUUCGUGAUUCGCGUUUGUUGUCUGGACCUUUAAAUCUGAUCCCGUGACGUCAGCGUCACCGGUGUUUAAAACAACCUGCAACUGAGCCAACAUUUGUUAUGAUUUUUUUCAACUUCGGCGUUACGGCUGUACCACAUUGAAACCGUGUCAGACUGCAUUUUCUGCUAUUUUUAUUGUUGUUUGGAUGAAAGACAAAUAGAAACCAGAAAGGGACGUUUACCUGCAGUUAAUGGACGAUUUUCGCGAUGAACUGAUGACCCGCAGCGGGACUGCAGCUUUCUCUGUGCUGGACACUCAUCAUGUCAUUUACACAGUUUGGCUAUUCAUAUCCUGCAGCACCACAGCUUUUAAUGUCUUCUAAUGCUCUGAGCGCCUGCUAUGAGUCUAAUGGUUCUCUGCUGGACACUGGAGUGGCAACUUCUCCUCAAAACUCACUUUACUGCCCGGUAUAUGAAAGUAGGCUUGUGGCCUCCAGCCGGCAUGACCUGAUCCCCACUGCUGUCUAUGGAAACUCCUGUUCAAAGAGUCACAGUUAUGAUACCUACAGCUCUUACGGUCCAGAUUCAACCUCAUGCUAUCCUCUGGGUAAACUCAGUGAGAAAGAAGGGAUGGCAACUGGACAUUCAAGAGUUACCCAAAGCUCUGCAUAUUACCAUUACGACUACCCAAUUGGUCAGUACCAGUGUGACAGAUAUGGAUAUGGAUCUGUAGAUGUGAGCACAAGAAGAAAAAAUGCAACCAGAGAGACCACCAGCACACUGAAAGCAUGGCUUCAGGAACAUAAAAAGAACCCGUACCCCACCAAGGGUGAGAAGAUCAUGCUGGCCAUCAUCACCAAGAUGACCCUUACGCAGGUUUCCACCUGGUUUGCCAACGCGCGCCGGAGACUCAAGAAGGAAAAUAAAAUGACGUGGUCGCCGCGCAACAAGACCUCAGAUGAGAAGGAGUGUGACGACCAAGACGAUAUGGACGAAUCACAGGGCGAGCCAAUAAAAACCGAAAGAGAUUUCAAUGACAACCUAGGAAAAGAUGAUAAAGAUCAACUUCAAAGCGAUCUGGACGAUUUUGACCUAGUGGAAUCAGAUGGCUCUGAGUGCGAAUCGAAACCAUCCUUUGUCAUGCGCGCUCGCUCAGAGACCAGCGAAUCUCAAGAUAACUGCUUUAAAGAAAACGUUACCGAGCUUCCCAGAGAUGUCCAUGAAUUUAGUGAAGACCACCAAACGGCAAAGUUCUACCUUCAACAGGGCCAAAAGACUAUUGAGACCAAGCCAAAAAUCUGGUCUCUUGCACAGACUGCUACGUCAUUAAACCAAGCCGAUUACUCAUCAUGCAUGCAUAAAGGAACGUCGUGCUCUUCUUCAAACUGUGACUCAGACUCCGACGUAAUAAAGAGGAAACAAGAGUCUCCAGUGGCCACACUGAGAAACUGGGUUGAUGGUGUGUUUCAUGAUCCUUUAUUCAGGCACUCCAACUUCAACCAAACUUUCAGCAACUCCUCAGAGUUAUGGACCGAAGCCAUUUCCUCACAGAAUACCUACCAUGAACACUCAGAACCUAUUAAUUCCUCUCAGCAACUGUGACACAUUUCUUUUUUCUUUUCAUGCAUUUUUUUUGCACUAUCAUAGGCUUAGAUUCUAAUUGUGGUAAUGUCUUAUUUAUUAGUUUUAUUCUGUGAGCUGUUGUAAUAUGAGACCUCCUGAAAGUCUGAACUUUAUACAUUAGAAUUUGCCAACACAGCAAUGUAGGUUUAGGAAGAUUGGCACCUUUUCACUAAAAAAAAAAAGUCUGUAAAAGAAAGUAACCACUGCUGUAUAAUAGCACUGUACACAAUAUCCCCCAAUCUGAAGUCUCAGUUGGUCAUCUGACACCCCUCAGUAAUAAAAAGUCAUUUUGUGAUGAAAAAGAAUAAGAAAACAAAAUCGCUGUCCAUGGUGCUGAAAUGCUCCCAAGCGCAUGUUGGCUAUAAGUUGUUUUAUUCGGUUGCAUUUAUUGUUUGACUGACAUAUUGUUCCCUGUGGAAACACAAGAUGAUUUUUACAUGCAUUAAUAAUUUGAGCCCUUACAAUAACCUUUAGACCAGGACUUAAGUUUGAACCACUCAGUCAUGAUAAAUAUAAAUACUCAAGGGGCUAAACCGUUAGCUCAAUGCUAUUUCUAAAAUUCACAGUCAGUGAAGCAUUGUUUUUCAUUAAGUGACUAAUAUGGCAAGCUGUUUUAACAUGUAUUACUUAUUAUACUUAUUAAUACUAUAAUUAGCAUUAUUUU